AAGGAGGAAGCGCGCGGGGCGCCAUAAGGAGGAAGCGGGCGUUCGGCGGUGUCCGCGCGCCCGGCAGACGCUGCCUCGGCCCCGACGCACCCGCGCCCCCGCGGCCGGAGGGUGGUCGCUGCUGGGACACCGUGAGCCAGGAGUGAGCUGGAGCUGCCGCGCUGCCCAGGCCAUGGACUGCGAGGUCAGCAAUGGUUCCGGCCUCCAGGAUGAGCGCAUCACGAACCUGCUGGUGUUUGGCUUCCUCCAAAGCUGCUCCAACCACAGCUUCCACGCGGAGCUGGAGGCGCUGGGCCGCGAGCUGCCCCAGUGGGAGGAGCCCGAUGAGGAGCUGCAGACCGACGGCAACCGCAGCAGCCACGCCCACGUGGGGAGGAUAGAGGCAGAUUCUGAAAGUCAAGAAGACGUCAUCCGGAACAUUGCCAGGCAGCUCGCCCAGGUCGGGGACAGCCUGGACCGCAGCAUCCCCCCGGGCCUGGUGAACCGCCUGGCCCUGCAGCUCAGGAACGCCGGCCGGUCAGAGGAGGACCGGAGGAGGGACCUGGCCAGUGCCCUGGAGCAGCUACUGCAGGCCCACCCUACGGACAUGGACAAAGAGAAGACCAUGCUGGUGCUAGCCCUGCUGCUGGCCAAGGAGGUGGCCAAUCACACGCCGUCCUUGCUCCGUGAUGUCUUCCGCACAACAGUGAAUUUCAUUAACCAGAACCUACGUGCCUAUGUGAGGAGCUUAGCCAGAAACGAGACGGACUGAAUCGACGGUUCCGAAAGCAUGACUGGCUGCAGCUCGGUGUGGCUACAGCUGGGUGGCUGCCUCAGUGCAGGUGGGCCCCUGGCCUGUCAGCAGCGUCCCUAGAGAAGACGGGCUGGAUGGCGGCUGUGAUUUCUCUCUCAAAGACAAUGUUCUAAGCUUAUAACCCACUUAAAAAUAUCCACAUUAAUAUACUUGAAUGAAAAUGUCCAUCUGCACGUAUCUGAAUGGCCUUCAUGUCACCACACAUGAAUCUGCACAUUCGUAACUACACGUGGUGCCUUUAUUUCAGCUGUGCAGGUUCCCACUUGAAAAAACAGGUUUCAAGGCAGUAGAAACAAAACACAAUUUUUUUUUUGUAAAGAAUAUUACCGUUUAAUAUUAAAGUUCCACCGUAGGGGAUGGUCUUACGGCAGGCAAUAUCCUGUGAGGAAAGUGGAGAAGAAAGGGGCAUACCUCUUACAAGUGAAAAAUUCCACUCAACACAGGGACUCUUACUACUAAGGAACCAACAGUCUUCCUGUUUAAAAACCAAACGGCACAGAGGUUCUGAACGCAAGUGCUGCACUCAAACAAUGCGAUAGUGCCCCCCAAUACCUAGGUGCUUGAUUUUUUUCAACUUUAUCUUCUUUUGAGUCAGAAAGAACCACCUGUGGUUCUAAAAGGCGUGAAGGUGAUGUAAGGGCCCAUGUCAGCCACUGUUUACAAACUCAGGUAGCUAACUGCACUGCACGCUUUCUCUCUCCAUGAAGUCAAGGCUUUGCUAAAGACAUUGAGCCAGGGGUGCCAGAAGCUGCUGCAAUGCCCUGGGAGCAGCCUGGUCCCAGCUGUAAACUGCCAGUUUCCAGCCACAUGCUGGGCUCUCCGUGCCUCCGAAGUGCAUCUGGAGAGACCAGGUUCCUAAGCAAAAGACGAAAGAGCAGUUGGACUUUUUAAAGUUCAGCAAAGUGGUUUCCUCUCCUAGGGAUGGUCAAAACCAAGUCACUUAGGUAGUACCAAAAUAAGGAAAAGCUUAGCUUUAGAAACAGUGCAACACUGGUCUGUUGUUCCAAUGGUAAGCUGUGUCCCAGGAAUCAGUGUAAAAGCACGACAGUAAAUGCUAGGUCCGUGUCACACACAGUGCCGUGAACAGGAGAGCUCCUGUGACCACACAUGAGGCUGCUGGGGAGGCGUAUGAGUAAGGGCCCUGACGGACUCAUAACUACUUCUUACCAAAGCCACUUUUCUGCUCCUUAAGAGUUUAAAAUCAUCAGAAAAGAAAAACUCUCCAUAUUGCUCAGCAUGGAAUACAUACCAUGUUAGAGCUGGCUCUUGAAGUGAGCAAAAGGUUACAAAUACUAAAAAGUGCUGCUAUGCAGUGUGAAGGCCACCAUUUGGAAAUAAAUUCUAACACUA